GUGUCGCUGGAUUGGUCCUCCCGGAUGUCAUCGCUGCCUAUCAGAUGCGCGCUCCCUUCAUUCUUACCGAGAACAGCUGAAUAUGCUGGGGAAUACACCGUGAGAGAGCUGGCCUGUGCAACGAGGUACUCACAUCACUAGCAUCGCUAAACUGAAAGCCCAGCGACCUUUGCUCCUGAGCAGUCCGGAGGUAGGCGGGACGGGCGCCAUGUCAUCAUGCGUCCCCUCCCUGCCCUCUGCUGAGCCCUGCCCGCCCUUAACAAUGCCACCCGCCCGCCUUCAGCCGCUCGGACGCCCCUGCCACACGUAGCCCCCGCCCCCUGUUCCGAAGCUCCGCCCAGCGGCCAUGGAGUCCCUCAUCGUGGUCACAGAGUACGAGCCCAGCUGCUCCGGGGAGGAGGUGGAGGACAUGGACAGCUCGGACACCCCCGAGCCGGCCGCCUCCCCCAUGCAGCAGGGCCCCGAGCUCCUGUCCCACACGGGGAGCCCCAAAGCCCUGUUCCCCGAGUCCCGGGAGAACAGGACCAGGCUCAACCUGUCGGACCGCAAGCUGUCCCUGCAGGAGCGGCCGCACGCGGUUACCUCGCCCCUGGGCUCCCCCGGGUUGAACGGACGCUACAUCUACCCCUCCCUGCCCUACUCCCCCAUCACCUCGCCCCACGCGUCCCCCCGCCUCCCCCGCAGGCCCACGGUGGAGUCACACAGGGUCUCCAUCACUGACCUGCAGGACUGUGUGCAGCUCAACCAGUACAAGCUGAAAGAUGAGAUUGGAAAGGGCUCCUAUGGAGUUGUCAAGCUGGCGUACAAUGAAGACGACAACACCUAUUAUGCAAUGAAAGUGUUGUCAAAGAAGAGACUGAUGAGACAGGCAGGAUUCCCAAGACGGCCUCCACCCCGUGGUACCAAGGUAGCCACUGAGGGCCCUGCCCAGCUUAAGGGGCCCCUGGAACGAGUGUACCAGGAGAUUGCCAUCCUGAAGAAGCUGGACCACCCCAAUGUGGUGAAACUUGUGGAGGUGCUGGAUGAUCCUAGUGAGGACCAUCUGUAUAUGGUUUUUGAGCUGGUCAAACAAGGGGCGGUGAUGGAGAUUCCCACAGACAAGCCACUGACUGAGGACCAGGCCCGGUUCUACUUCCAGGACCUGCUGAGAGGAAUUGAGUUUUUGCAUUAUCAGAAGAUAAUUCAUCGAGACAUCAAGCCUUCCAACCUCUUGGUUGGGGAAGAUGGCCACAUUAAAAUAGCGGACUUUGGGGUCAGCAACCAGUUUGAGGGUGCAGACGCGCUUCUGACCAGCACUGUGGGGACCCCAGCCUUCCUUGCACCCGAGACUCUUUCAGAGACCAGGAAAAACUUCUCCGGCAAGGCUCUGGAUGUAUGGGCGAUGGGAGUGACGCUGUAUUGCUUUGUUUUUGGAGUGUGUCCCUUCAUGGAUGAACGCAUCCUGAGUCUCCACCAGAAGAUCAAGACCCAGCCAGUGGAGUUACCAGAGCACAUUGAUGUGCCUGAGGAUUUGAAGGAUCUGCUCUUAAAGAUGCUGGACAAGAACCCUGAAACCAGAAUCUCAGUGCCAUACAUUAAGGUGCACCCGUGGGUGACGAGGCACGGGGCGGAGCCCCUCCCCUCUGAGGACGAGAACUGCACCCUGAUUGAGGUGACAGAGGAGGAGGUGGAGAACUCUGUCAAACACAUCCCCAGCCUGGCCACGGUGAUCCUGGUGAAGACCAUGCUUCGGAAGCGCUCCUUUGGGAACCCCUUCGACUGGGGCAGGAGGGAAGAGAGAUGUCCCUCUGCACCAGGAACCCUGCUGACCAAAGACAAGGCAGGCAUUGGAAAGUACUGCUUCAUUCAUAGUAAUCAAAGGAAACAGGAGAGUGGGGACAGCAUGAGGAACAUGGACUUGCCUUUUGUAGGGGAGGACGAGGUUCUAUCCUGAUCCCAAGAUGGAAGGGUGUGGGUGAGGGGGCGUGGUCAGCUAACCACCCUUUUCCCCAGCAUUACCAUGGGAAGGCCAACAUUCAGAAAGGGUGGUCCACCCCACUAUGACACAGGGCACUAUAGCCCAGGAGCACAGCUUGCCACCUCAGCCAUGCAUGCUUGUCUGCCGUUAAAAAGGCAUGCUCUUACCGCGGCCGUUCUCCACACCAGUGCCAACUCCAGCCGAUGCUUCUUUUUUUCUGGAUUCCCAUCUUCUUUCGACCAAAAAAAAAAAAAAAAAAAGCUGCAUUGGGUGCAGUGUAGGGACCUUGUGGUGGUGAAGGGAGUCUGUUUUUUUUCCCCUCCACGCCUCCGAAUGGCUUGUUUGAUGACGGCUUUACCGGUACGCCUUUCGCGCAGCCAAUUUUGUAACAUAUUCAAUAUUUUCCAAAAAAAAGGGACUUCUGGGUUGCACAGUGUACAGUGGCAUAUCUGGGUAGGGGGGGUUUAAAUUAUGCAUUUUACAUGUAAUAUUAAUGGAAUAGUAGUUCAAUGGAAAUUGUUGUUCAUAUUCGAAUAUCACAAAGUGUGUAGUAUUGAAAAUUACUUGUUAGAGGACCUUUCUGUUUUUCUACAUCCACAAAGCACAGACUUCCUGUUACAAUAAUGAAUGCCUUUAGGGGUCUAUCUGUGGUUUAAAUAUCACGUUAGUUUUCAGACGACAUUUUGCGAAAUAGUUCUUGCUUGUAGACUUGCAAAUGGGAGUGCUUUGUCAACCUUUUGACCUCAAAAGCCUAUUAAUAUUUAAAAGAUAAAGCAUGCUAUGUGGUCUCAGGGCUUUUGUCUUAGAGCAGUGAUACACUAUAGCUGUGGCAGAUUAUAUUAAAGCACCUGUGCUGGACACAAUGACCAUGCUCAGCUAGGAAGUGCAUGGUCUAGUCUGGCUUAUCUUCACUCCUCUGAAGCAUGAUGUAUGAUUUUGUUUUGGGGGGGGAAGUGCAGUUUUUGUAAUGAAACCCUAUAAGGGAGAACAGUUUAGUACUGAACCUCACAUAGCAUGUCACAUCCUAGAAAGAUGCACUCUUCCAUAUAGGGCACCAUAAUACAAGGAUGUUUAAAAUAGUUUUAAUUUAUUGUAGUGAUAUCCACACUAUGCAGACAAUGAAAAUUUUGCAUCUAGGUAAAAGCGGGGUGGGGGGGUGAAAUCAGUACUCUAUGGGUACUCACUACCUGAUGCAAUUAUUUUCACUUCCUGCACUGUGAACUGUAGAUCAGACAGUGUUAUGUAGUCACAGUUAUAGUUAUAUAUACUUUCUUAGUAUUUAAAAUCAGUACAUCAUAUAAACAUAAUGCUUCCACAUAGUUGUCUUUUCGACAAGUAUGUGCCAAACCUGCAAUGAAAAAAAAUAUCAAAAUAGUCGUUAGUUCUACCUUACUUUUUCUGCAUGGUCAUAGUACUCUGGGGACAUAUCACAUGGCUCUCUAAAUUAUGAAGGCUUUCAAACAUUACUAUGCAUAAGGAAAUUGUCUCUUUGGUGCAAUUGUUGACCCUCUCUAACCUCCCCUUUUGUUUUAAUGUGUGUUACUGAUCCUCAGAUGCCUCAUAAGUGCUAAUUGUCAGGGUUCCCACAUGUGAACACUUCAAGACAUCUUUAAAUUCUGCAUUAAGAGAAUGUCUUCAGCUUCUGUAUUGUACAGUGGAUUACAUACCAAUGAAAGGAAUGAAUGAAUUGACCAUAUAAUGAUGUGAAAAUAAAACAACUAAUGAAUGGGGAUACUAAAAGAGAAUUUGAUGUUAAAAUACAUUUUGAUGGUACACUAAAUUGUAUGGCCAAAACAAAAUGGCACUGGGGCACCCACACCCACUCUUGAGUGUAGUGACAACGCAUAGUUGAGUCACUGAAGCAUUUCCCAGAUUCAGGACGGAGUGAAUACGGUAUCUAGACAGCCACAGCUGAGAAAUUUAACCUUCCAACUGUGGAGGUACCAAUAAGGUACAUUAACAUCAAAUUCCCCUUUUAACUUGUAAUGGUACUUGCAAUGCCCUGUUUUAUUUCUGAUAAUAGCUUGCAAAAAUGUAAAUGUGUAAUGAAAUACUUGAAAAAAAAAAAAAACACUUAAAAUCUUAAACACUAAUAUUUUCAUAAUCAGGUUUACCAUAAUCACAGAGAUUAAUGUGAAUUGUUCAGAGAAUGUUGUAUAGAGUAUAAAACAAGGCCUUUGCAAUACCAAUGCACUUUGGUCUCAGGCUAAAAACCUUUCCGGUUUUGUCAAAUUUGAGUUUUGUCCAAAGGAAUCAUGGGAAGGCAGCCUCUAUGUGCAGGGACUCUUAGUGCCCAGCACCCUGAGCAAUACUGCAAUAGGAGGGUUUGACUGCAGGAUGUUUAUGUACCCAGCCCAUGUAACUGUAAAAUAUUUGUAUUUAUACACAGGUAUUCAAUCUUUUUUCAGUUUUUUUGUAAUACUGUCUUAUCCACCCAUGACAGAGGAGCUGCAGUUACAUUUGCCAAUCCUCAUAUCACUUACCAUACUUAGUAUUUCAGCGUAGUAAUACACAGUAGAGUGCCGUGUAUCUGAAUACACUAGCCAACUGCAUGCUUUACAUAUAUAAUCACUAAAUACACAAAGUUUGAUGUGGUUCUGUGGAAGCCGAUGAGUGAGUGAGCUUGUGGUUAAUUACCCUAUACAUAUUGUAUCCGGUUGAUUGUUUCAAUAAAAAUUACAGUUGCCUUUAAGUGA